UAUAUAGAAAGGCAAUUUUAUCACCCCCGUCUUUGCUUCUUUGUUAUUUGCCGCCGCCGCUUCCUCGUCCUCGCAGGUAAGUCACACACAGGUAAAGUGAAAGAUGGGGCGUGUAAGAACCAAGACGGUGAAGAAGUCUUCUCGUCAAGUGAUUGAGAAGUACUACUCUCGCAUGACUCUUGACUUCCACACCAACAAGAAGAUCCUUGAAGAAGUCGCCAUCAUCCCUUCAAAGAGACUCCGCAACAAGAUUGCUGGAUUCUCCACCCACUUGAUGAAACGUAUCCAGAAGGGACCAGUCCGUGGUAUCUCACUCAAGCUUCAAGAGGAAGAGCGUGAACGCCGCAUGGACUUUGUUCCCGAUGAGUCUGCUAUCAAGACUGAUGAGAUUAAGGUUGACAAAGAGACUCUUGAGAUGCUUGCUUCUCUUGGUAUGUCUGACACUCCUGGCUUCUCUCAAGUCGAGCCACAAGCUAUCGCUGCUACUGCCCCUUUCGGCAGGCCACCAAGAAGAUACUAGGAUGUCUUUGUUAUCUUCAUCCAGCCAAUUUAGUCACAAGAUUGGCUCUCUUUAUUUCACAGUUAGGUACAAGAAAGAUUGCUUGUUUAUUUUCUCUUUUGAUUCAAGAUUUGUCUGAGACUCUUUUGUUUUUAAUGGUUUUUGAGUUUUGCCGAACCAAUAUUGAAGUUAGACACUUUUGAAUUUUGAUAGUAA